AUGGCGGCCUUGCGCUCCGCCGCCGCCUGGUGCCCGGCAGAGGUGCCGGCGGGUGGCUACCCCGCCAGGAAUGAGGUGCCGGGCGUAUUCCUGCCACAUCCGCCCAGGUCGAGGUCCAGCCUCGACUGGCGCGUCACAGACUUGGAAUCUGUGGGCUCCGGCCCGGACUCGGGCUCCGACAGCGAGAACGGGGAGCCCGAGGCCUUCGGCGACGAGGAAGUGGCAAAGUCCCAGGCGCGGAAGCGGAAAGGCAAGGAGUUUUUUGAGCACCUUUUGCCCCUGCCGGCGCUGGGCAAUCUGGCGGCGCGGCAGCGCUUUGCGCAGCUCCCGCUGCACUCGGGGACGCUGCGGGGCCGGGUGGAGGUGUUGCGCGCGGGUGGCCUCAAGAGACCGCGCUAUGGUCUCUAUGUGUGCCAUCCCGGGUCGGAGGAGAUCCUUCUGAUCGCAGCCGAGCGGCAGACGCAGCGAACAUUGGGGCCGUACUAUGUGCUUUCCUCCAAUGACCUGGAUUUCGACCGGGCCUCGCCGUGUUUCCUGGGCCGCCUCUCCGGCAACGUCAUGUGCACCCAGUAUUUGCUGCACGGGCAAAGGGCCACCGGGCCGCUGCGGGAGGAGCUGGCGGCGCUGCGGUUCCGGAAGCCCAGCGACGCCCCGCGCAGCCUGCACGUGGUGCUGCCUGGGGCGGCAGCCAGCUUCUCCUCGCGCAGCGGGCAGGAGGGGCAGCUGCUGGCGGCGGCGGAAGGCACCAUGCCCAGACACCAGUUUCACUACUUCGUCAACUCGGCUCCGACGUGGGAUUCGACUCGAAGAGUCUACAGAAUGAACUUCCACAACCGAGUGCAUCGCUCAUCGUCCAAGAAUUUUCAGUUGCUGAAGGCGGACAGCAGAUUCCAGGCGGAGUCGCCGGAGUUGGUGAUGCAAUUCGGCCGCAUCGACGAUGCCUUUGCCUUCGAUGCGGCCAAUCCACUUAGCCCACUGCAGGCCUUCGCAAUCGCACUUUCGGUCUUUGACGAUCGAGUCUACGAGGCCCUCCGCAUCUACUAUUGA